CCCGAGACUUCCUCCUCCUCAGACGUCGCUCUGUCAGGCCGGGCGCUGCUGUGUUACGUAACCGGCCGCGGUGUCUGUUCUCCUCUCAGCCGGUCAGAAUGGCAGCGAUCAGGACCCUCAGGAAACUGUACGUGCACUCCCAGCACCAAGUCUGUAAACUGCACACGACCGCCUCCAGACAGGAGGCGGUGGUCAUCUCGGGAAAGAAACUAGCACGACAGGUUCGAGAGGAGGCCCGGGCCGACGUGGAUAAAUGGGUUUCAGCCGGCCACAGGAGACCCCAUCUGAGUGUGGUUCUGGUGGGAGAAAACCCAGCCAGUCACUCCUAUGUCCUGAAUAAGGCACGAGCUGCAGCUGAUGUCGGAAUCUCUAGUGAGACGAUUCUCAAGCAUUCAGACAUCAGUGAGGAGGAGUUGUUGGACCUGAUCUACAAACUCAACACAGACCAUCGUGUGGAUGGCCUGCUGGUCCAGCUGCCUCUGCCAGAUCACAUUGAUGAGCGUGCGAUCUGCAAUGCAGUUUCCCCGACUAAGGAUGUGGAUGGCUUCCACGUAGUAAAUGUGGGUCGCAUGUGUCUGGAUCAGUCCACCAUGCUCCCGGCCACUCCCUGGGGAGUCUGGGAAAUGAUUAAACGCACAGGUAUUCCUACUAUUGGGAAGAAUGUUGUGGUUGCCGGACGCUCCAAGAAUGUGGGCAUGCCCAUCGCAAUGUUACUGCAUACAGACGGCCGCCAUGAGAGGCCCGGAGGCGAUGCCACGGUCACUAUUUCCCACCGUUACACUCCAAAGGAGAAACUUCGCCAACACACUAAAAUCGCUGAUAUCAUUGUGGCUGCUGCAGGGAUUCCAAACCUCAUUACAGCAGACAUGAUCAAAGAGGGAGCAGCGGUGAUUGACGUUGGAAUAAACAGAGUGCACGACCCAAUCACCGGAAAAAGCCGACUGGUUGGAGAUGUGGAUUUUGAAGGCGUGCGACAGAAGGCGGGCUUCAUCACCCCAGUACCCGGAGGUGUGGGACCCAUGACCGUGGCAAUGCUCAUGAAGAACACUAUCAAAGCCGCUAAGAACGUUCUGCUAUUUCCUCAAGAGCGGAUCCGCAUGGCGGCUGCGUCCUAAUGGGCCGAAGAAAAUUCAAGCGACACAUUCCACCUCCUCCAAACACCACCGCCCCCCCAUGUGUUACUUGGGGUAACUUAAAGAGCUCUCCUUGCACAUGGACUGGAAAGAUGAUAGCUUUAAGGCUCUCUUCCUGCGGACAUCUUGGACCUUUCCGAACUGUCCAGCCAUUUAGACUGUUACGUUCACUCAUGCAGCUGCGACUUUAUGUUUCAGUAUUUAUGAUGCAAUGUGUUUCUUUGGAGUCAUGAAUCCUGAACAUUUUAUUUAUCACUACAUUGACAUGCUAUUCAAGCAUGAAUGGAUGUGACUUACAGCAUUUAACUCUAAGCCUGGAAGCAGUUGAAACAUUUAAGUUUUAUUUAGCCUUGUGUAACAAGGGUGAUAAGGGCUAACACCAUCGGGAGCAAAUAUGUUUGUCAAUAUAUAAGCUUUAAAGAUUCACAAUUGCCUUUGUAUAAACUUUGAAAUAAAUAUUGCAACUAUGUC